CUGAGCGCCGGCUCCGGGCCCCGCCGCGGCGCCGAGGCAGCGGCAUGACGGCCGCCGCGGGCUCGGCUGUGCCCCUGCUGCUGUGCGCGCUGCUGGCGCCCAGCCGCGCCUACGUGCUGGACGACUCCGACGGGCUGGGCCGGGAGUUCGACGGCAUCGGUGCAGUGAGCGGCGGCGGGGCAACGUCUCGGCUUCUAGUGAAUUAUCCAGAGCCUUAUCGUUCUCAAAUAUUGGAUUAUCUUUUUAAGCCAAACUUCGGUGCCUCUUUGCAUAUUCUAAAAGUCGAAAUUGGUGGUGAUGGACAGACAACAGAUGGCACUGAACCCUCCCACAUGCACUAUGCAUUAGAUGAGAAUUAUUUCCGAGGGUAUGAGUGGUGGCUAAUGAAAGAAGCUAAGAAGCGGAACCCUAAUAUCACACUCAUAGGGUUGCCAUGGUCGUUCCCCGGAUGGCUGGGAAAAGGUUUCAACUGGCCUUACGUAAAUCUUCAUUUGACUGCCUACUAUGUCACGUCCUGGAUCGUGGGCGCCAAGACCUAUCAUGAUUUGGAUAUUGAUUAUAUUGGGAUUUGGAAUGAGAGGACUUUUGAUGUCAGUUAUAUCAAGGUAUUAAGAAGAAUGCUGAACUAUCAAGGUCUGCAGCAGGUGAAAAUCAUAGCGAGUGAUAACCUCUGGGAGCCUAUCUCUGCCUCUAUGCUGCUUGACUCUAAACUCUUUGAAGUGGUUGAUGUUAUAGGAGCUCAUUACCCUGGGACCCGUUCAGUAAUGGAUGCAAGACUGACGAAGAAGAAGCUUUGGUCCUCUGAAGAUUUUAGCACCGUGAAUGAUGAUGUGGGUGCAGGCUGCUGGGCUCGCAUAUUGAAUCAGAAUUACGUCAAUGGUUAUAUGACAGCGACAAUUGCUUGGAAUUUGGUGGCUAGUUACUAUGACCAUUUGCCCUAUGGGCAGUGUGGCUUGAUGACUGCCCAGGAGCCAUGGAGUGGGCAUUACGUAGUACAAGCUCCUAUCUGGGUAUCAGCUCAUACCACUCAGUUUACUCAACCAGGUUGGCGUUACCUGAAGACAGUUGGCCACUUAGAAAAAGGAGGAAGCUAUGUAGCUCUGACUGAUGGCUUAGGUAACCUUACCAUCAUCAUUGAAACUAUGAGCCAUAAACAUUCUAGGUGUAUCCGGCCUUUACUUCCUUACUUCAACGUGUCCCGACAAUUUGCUACUUUCACUCUAAAGGGUUCUUUUAGUGAAAUACCAGAGUUGCAUGUGUGGUAUACCAGAAUUGGAAGACCAUCUCAGAGAUAUCUUUUUAAUCAACUGGAUUCUAUAUGGCUUCUGGACAGCAGCACUGCUAGUUUCACCCUGGAACUGAAAGAGGACGAACUGUUCACACUGACCACCCUGACGACCGGGAGCAAAGGCAGCCACCCGCUUCCUCCCAGAUCAAAGCCCUUCCCACGUGUUUACUCAGAUGACUUCAAUGUGGAUUACCCGGAAUUCAGUGAAGCGCCAAAUUUUGCUGACCAGACGGGCGUGUUUGAAUACUUCACGAACGAUGAAGACCCCGGAGAGCAUCGAUUCACACUGCGCCAAGUCCUUAAUCAGCGGCCGAUUACUUGGGCUGCCGAUGCAUACAACACACUAAGCGUCAUCGGCGAUUACAAAUGGUCCAAUCUGACCAUAAGGUGUGAUGUGUACAUAGAAACUCCUAUGACGGGAGGUGUGUUCAUUGCGGGAAGAGUAAAUAAAGGUGGGAUUUUGGUUAGAAGUGCCAGAGGAGUUUUCUUCUGGAUCUUUGCAAACGGCACCUUCAAAGUUACAGGUGAUCUCGCUGGGUGGAUCAUAUAUACUUCCGGGCAUGUUGAUGUUACAGAAAAAAACUGGUAUACACUCACUUUAACUAUUAAGGGUCGUUACUGCUCUGGCAAAUUGAACGACAAGCCUGUCUGGAGAAACAUCCGAGUCAACUUCCCCAGGAAUGGCUGGGCUGGAAUUGGAACUUACUCCUUUGAAUUCGCCCAGUUUGACAACUUCCACGUGGAAGUCUCACGCUAACAAUUGACGGAGCAUCAGAGAAUACUGCUUUGUAUUUUCUUUCUUCUGGUUUUGGUUCAGAGCCGAUUCCUGUCUUGAUGGAUCGUUGCCAGACUCCUGGACACUACAAAUACUGAAGAAGAAAUGGAAAGAAUAAUAUAUUUUUGCUUGAUCCUCUGGAAGUUUUUUUUUUAUAGCUAAAAAUCAAAGGAAAUAGAUAAAUCUUUCAUGUGAUCUGCUGUGUUUCCUAGAAUUUAAAUUGUCCAGCAAUCCGAUUCCUAGGAAUAGCUGGGUGGUCUGACCUCAUAUCCGGGUAUUGUUGUUGAAAAUAGCUCAUUCCAUCUGACCUGGAAGUGAUCGUGCAGAUGCAAUCAGAGGGUCAUCACGGAGAUAUUAGAUUGACCAUGUGUGUAUGUGUGCUGAUGUCCUCAUAGGACAAUAAUGCUGCCAUAGCAGGAGACCGAAGAACAAUGAAAAUGCUGCUUUAUGAAAAUCAUUUUAACAGAUCAUACUCAUACACUAAAAUAAUUAUUUUUCUUUACCAUUUUAAGUUGAUGCUUUUGAAUGAUAGAUUUGAUGAGAAAGAAUGAUUUGAAAAUACUUGAGAGUUAUUUAUGCAACAAUAAAUAUCAUGAGAUUAAUUGGCUUAUCAUCUGCAUUUUUUUAAAGUUUGUUCGGAUCCAACUUCUGGUAUAAUAACCACUAUUUAUACCUCUCUGUGAACAUUUCCUCAGGUGGCUGAGAGAAGACACCAUCUCUUAUAGACAAUGCUCUAAAAAAGACCUAAAGACAAAAUUGUACCAUUUUUUC